UGACACGGACUUUAGGUGAGACGAAUGUCCGUUUAGUUCGCUACGACUUGACUACGGAUAGACGGAUGGCUGGCGGGACGUCACCUGCAUUUAUUCUUUCACGCCGAAUAUGAUAGCGGCCGUACGUCGGGUGACGCGCCGAGGAAUUUUGUAGGCGAUCUGAGUUAUAAAUAUCGGAAUAAAAACGUACCGCGCCAUUUAAAUUUGGAUUCGCACCGAGCAGCAACAGCGGCAACGGCAACAACGACAACGACAAAAGAAGCAGCCGCCGGCUCGUGGGGCAGGAACGAGGGUUAUUUUGAAACGUCUGGAAGAUCUUUUAUGUCGGAUUCAGCGCGAAUCGCGUUCAACGUGUGCACGAUUGACGAGAAUCUCAUCGCGUGAUCCACCUUCGCUGUAAACCGAUCGAUAAUGGGGAUAAUAUUGUCCAGAUUUCGGAAAAAGAAGACCACUAUUGAAGUUUUAGAGAAUCUUGAUGCACAAAUCAAAGAAAUCCAACAAUAUGGACAAACUACGGAACAAAAACAUAAAAAGAUAGUAGGGACUAUCAUCAUUUAUGGAGUUGUUCUGUAUGUUAUGAUAGCAUUCAUCUUUUACUUCUGCUUCUUCCCAGCUUCAUUAUAUGAUCAACUCUUCUAUAUAACACCAUUAUUAUUUUUUCCAAUUUUGAUACUUUUAACAAAGAAAAUGGUUUCAUGGUAUUAUAAUCGUAAAAUUACUCAUAAUCAAGAAAAACUAUCCACGAUUAUAGGAGAGAAAAAGAAGAUAUUGAAUGAAGUUAUUGAAACAGAAACGUAUAAGAAAGCUAAAGAAAUAUUGUUAAAAUUUGCACCAGAUGAAUUAAACAUGUCACCUUUAAGUCCAAAGCUUACUACAAAAUUCCCUGCACCGUCUGAAACACCUCGACGUCCUAUUCCACAAAUCGCAGUCACCCCUUUACCAGUUUCUGGCGACUUAAGAAAAAGAGUUUUAUCUACACAGAAUCAGCCACAAAAUAUAUUACAAAAUCAGCCGCAAAGUACACAAAGUGGUGCCUCUGGUAUACCGACACCAAGUGGUGGGCCAUCUAAACAACUUUCAAAUACUCCUUAUCAAAUUAGUUCUAAAACAAUUAGUCCUGUCCCAUAUGUAGGUUUUCGAUCACCUUUACCACGACCUGUGUUGUCACAACAGAGGAGUGUGAUUGAUCGUUUGGUCGAUUACUUAGUAGGUGAUGGCCCUUCAAACCGCUAUGCAUUAAUUUGUCGACAAUGUGAAUCACACAAUGGAAUGGCUCUAAAAGAAGAAUUCGAAUAUUUUGCAUACCGAUGUUGUUACUGUGGUUUUUGGAAUCCUGCAAGGAAACAAAAACCUUCUGCUCCUAAAUUGGAUGUCGAUAAUAGUAGCUUUGUUGCAACUUCGAAUACAUCUGAACUUAUGUCCUGCACUGCAGAAGAAGAGCAAGUAAAACAUACUGAAUUGGAAACAUGCACACAAUCAGAUACAGAUUCAGAUAUAGAAGUAGUUGAAAGGCCAGGUGAAACAACUGAAGCCACAGAGUCAGACUUGAAGCAAUUAUUAGAUGAGAAUGAAUCAUCUGAGAAGACAGAGACGUGACGUACUCAUGAAUUGUAUAUUUAAAUAAAUAACCCGAAAGUGAAGAUAUUUCUAAAUCGGAAUUUCAAGUAAGCUUAAACUCGAUUAAAGAAAAGCAAUUUGAGGAAGUGAUUAAGAGAAAAUAGGCAAAUAAAAUAUAAAAAGCGAACCAUAAAAUUUUCUUUACAUAUAAGGGAGAACGAGACUUUUAGAAGAGAAAUUAAAAUGCAAAAUAUCUUCUGUUAAUGAUAUUAAUGUCAAUUGAGAUGUUACAUUGAAAACUGUUGCUAUAACAUAGAAAUAGCAUAAAUAUAUAAUUAUCAGUGAUUAUAUAUAUAUAUAUGUACUUCACAAAAUAUGUACAACUUCCCUGCAUUACCUAAUUUUUGAAUGUUA